AUAUCAACUUGUUGCGCCCAGCGCCAGAUGUACGAUAUUCAUGUCACGUAGACUAUACAAACUAUUUCGACCCUAGUUUCCUAGACUAAAAUGAUAAAAGUGGUCUUAAUAACUGCUGCCUGACACGAUCUGCCCCGAUGUCUGACGACGGAGAAGAGAGCGACACUGCUGACCAAGAGCAGGAUCUGGCCGCUGACCCCAACGUUUCCAGCUCAUCUCCCUCGCACACCUCUGCCGGAGCCCACCUUUCUCAGCGACCGGGGAAUUGCGCCUUCAGUCCACAAGAGCGGCGGAGAUCCGCGCCUCUUCCGCGAGAGCACCUCUCUACCUCCGCUGAGUCUGGAGAGGAUGCGUCUCGCGCCCAGCCACCAAAGUUAACCCAGCGCUUCGUGGAAGCGGGUACUUUAUUGCAACAAGGACAGCAUACGCGACCAGCAGUGACAGGCGGGAAGCAUGCCCUUUUCUCUGAGCACCGAGAACGCCAAAGCGAGUGGAUUCCUGCUUUUGAGGAAAACUCCAUCAUAUUUCAGGACCGUGGACAGCGAUUUCCUCCUGGCCAGUAUUCCGUGAAUUAUGACAACCACCGCUCGGAUUAUUUAGAUUCCCCAAACUCCGCUUCUCAGCAAACGCCCGAGAAGAGCGGCGGCGGCGGCGAGGCCAUGCACCGGCGGCACACCACGCUGCGCGAGAAGGGCCGGCGGCAGGCCGUCCGCGGGCCGGCGUACAUGUUCAACGAGCGCGGCACCAGCCUGACGGCGGAGGAGGAACGCUUCCUGGACGCCGCCGAGUACGGCAACAUCCCCGUGGUGCGCAAGAUGCUGGACGAGUCCAAGACGCUCAACUUCAACUGCGUGGACUACAUGGGCCAGAAUGCACUGCAGCUGGCGGUGGGCAACGAGCACCUGGAGGUGACGGAGCUGCUGCUGAAGAAGGACAGCCUGGCGCGGGUGGGCGACGGGCUCCUGCUGGCCAUCAGCAAGGGCUACGUGCGCAUCGUGGAGGCCAUCCUGGGCCACGCGGCGUUCGCGGGCGGCCUGCGCCUCACCCUCAGCCCGCUGGAGCAGGAGCUGCGGGACGACGACUUCUACGCCUACGACGAGGACGGCACGCGCUUCUCGCACGACGUGACGCCCGUCAUCCUGGCCGCGCACUGCCAGGAGUACGAGAUCGUGCACAUCCUGCUGUUGAAGGGCGCGCGCAUCGAGCGGCCGCACGACUACUUCUGCAAGUGCGGCGAGUGCGCUGAGAAGCAGCGCCGCGACUCCUUCAGCCACUCCCGCUCCCGCAUGAACGCCUACAAGGGCCUGGCCAGCCCCGCCUACCUCUCGCUGUCCAGCGAGGACCCCGUCCUCACCGCCCUGGAGCUCAGCAACGAGCUGUCCCGGCUCGCCAACAUCGAGACCGAGUUCAAGAAUGACUACAGAAAGCUCUCUAUGCAGUGUAAGGACUUUGUGGUGGGGGUAUUAGACCUGUGUCGGGACACGGAGGAGGUGGAAGCCAUACUGAAUGGAGAUGUGGACCAGGUCCCUCCCGGUGACCACAACCGGCCCUGCCUCAGCCGGGUGAAGUUGGCCAUCAAGUAUGAGGUGAAGAAGUUUGUUGCUCACCCAAACUGCCAGCAGCAGCUCCUGACCAUCUGGUACGAGAACCUGUCCGGUCUGCGUCAGCAGUCCAUCGGGGUGAAGUGCUGGACGGUGCUGGGAGUGACUGUAGGACUGCCCUUCCUAGCCAUCGCCUACUGGAUCAUGCCCUGCAGCAAGCUGGGUCAGAUCCUGCGGAGCCCCUUCAUGAAGUUCGUGGCCCACGCCGUGUCCUUCACCAUUUUCCUGGGCCUCCUGGUGGUGAACGCCUCAGAUCGCUUUGAGGGAGUCAAGAACCUCCCCAACGAAACCAUCACGGACCACCCCCGGCAAGUCUUCCGGGUGAAGACCACACAGUUCUCCUGGACUGAGUUGCUCAUCAUGAAGUGGGUACUGGGGAUGAUCUGGUCAGAGUGUAAGGAGAUCUGGGCAGAAGGACCCCGGGAGUACCUGAUGCACCUUUGGAAUGUUCUGGACUUCGGCAUGCUGUCCAUCUUCGUGGCGUCCUUCACCGCCCGCCUCAUCGCCUUCCUGAAGGCUUCCAAGGCUCAGUUGUACGUGGACCUGCACGUGUCAAACAAUGACCUGACCAACGCCUCCCUGCCUGCUGAUGUGGCCUACUUCACCUACGCCAGGAACAAGUGGCGUCCCUCGGACCCUCAGAUCAUUUCGGAGGGGCUGUACGCCAUCGCUGUGGUUCUUAGUUUCUCCCGAAUCGCCUACAUCCUGCCGGCCAACGAGAGCUUCGGCCCGCUCCAGAUCUCGCUCGGCCGCACGGUCAAGGACAUCUUCAAGUUCAUGGUCAUCUUCAUCAUGGUGUUUGUGGCCUUCAUGAUUGGCAUGUUCAACCUCUAUUCAUACUACCUGGGAGCCAAGUACAACCCUGCCUUCACCACGGUGGAAGAGAGCUUUAAGACACUGUUCUGGUCAAUCUUUGGUCUGUCUGAGGUCAUCUCUGUGGUACUAAAGUAUGACCACAAGUUUAUUGAAAACAUUGGCUACGUGCUGUACGGAGUCUACAACGUCACCAUGGUGGUCGUCCUCCUCAACAUGCUUAUCGCCAUGAUCAAUAACUCCUACCAGGAGAUUGAGGAGGAUGCAGAUGUGGAGUGGAAGUUUGCCCGUGCCAAGCUGUGGCUCUCCUACUUUGACGAGGGCAGGACUCUUCCCGCCCCUUUCAACCUGGUGCCCAGCCCCAAGUCCUUCUACUACCUGAUCCUGAGGACCCGGACCUGCCUGGUCAGACUGUGCAAGGCGGGGGGCAGGAGGGCCGACGGCAGCGAAGUGGAGAUGGGCAUGCUCAACUCCCGCUCUAAGCCAGAUCGAUUCCGAAGGCACCCCAGAGCACAAGAUGACUUCGCGGUGAAAAAACCCAUCAAGCACCCGACCCGUUACCAGAAAAUAAUGAAGCGUCUUAUUAAGCGCUACGUUCUGAAGGCCCAGGUCGACAGGGAGAACGAUGAAGUCAACGAAGGCGAGCUGAAGGAGAUCAAGCAGGACAUCUCCAGCCUGCGCUACGAGCUCCUGGAGGAGAAGUCUCAGGCCACCGGGGAGCUGGCCGACCUCAUACAGCAGCUCAGCCACAACCUCGGGAAGAACACCAAGAAACCGUGAGAGUCCACGACCUCUGGAGAGAGCGAGAGAGAGGGAAAGAGAGAGGGAAGGAAGGAGGGAGCA